GUAGCUUUUGCAACUGCUUCGAGGGCACGGCGCUGACGACGCUUCCCAGUUUCCACAGAACUGUGUGCACGACGUUCUCCAGUCAACGUGUGCGCCGUUCGAGAUGGCUUGUGAACGCCAGCAGUACAUGCUGUGUGGUUUUACCCAGGAACUGGACUGGAGACCUUUGCAUUUUGUCGAUCCAAUUCCGGCGCACAGAAUAUGUGACGCGUGUGGUGUGCUGCCCAGGGUGACCGUUUUUCUGCCCUGUCGACACCUGCUGUGCAAAAGUUGCUACGAGCAGUGCCUACUCGACGACCGACACGCCUGCCCACUCGAAGGUGACCAGUUUCUUGAUGAAGACGCUGAGUGGAUACACUUUCCUUUGGAGAACCUCCUCAGGCGGAAGGUAAAAUGCUGGAAUGAAAAGCAUGGCUGCGACGUGAUCUUAGCUGCAUCAGAGCAAAGCAAACAUUUUUACGAACACUGUGACUACCACUCUAUGUCGUGUCCCAAAUGUUCAAAGGUCGUGCUCCGUAGAGAAGUGUGCGCUCAUCUGCAGAGCAAAUGCAUAGAUUACACGAUGUCUACGACCUCCGAGAUUCCGCAAACGACCGACACUGAAAACAAGGCAAUGAUGACUGCUCUGAAUGCAAGCAUGGACGUGCGAGUAGGUGAAAUGAAGGACAGGCUAGACCAAGUGAUAAGCGAUAUCGACGGCCAAAGUGACCGCCUGAAUCAGAUUUCACAUUGCAUGAACGCGAUGAAAGAAUCACUGCAACAGAUAGCAAGCGGAAGUAGAACGUUUGAAAAUGUUGCUUCACAAACUGCUCCUACACUCUCGUGCUCUGCCGCAAUUCAGAACACCUUGAUCGGUCACAGUGAAAAGCUGCAGGAGCUUGCAGGAUCAAUAAGCUGUUCAAAUGAAACGCUGAAGGAAGCCUUGAAAGAGACGAAGCGGACUGUCGAACAGCUGAACGAAAAUACAGCAAACAAGUUGCUAGGAGAAUUAAGACAACGUUCGAUUAUUGACAGUGAUGUGCUCAAAAAAGUGUGUGAAGUUGAAAGUACGCUAAAGGAGACAUUUGGAAAGGAAUUGCAGGAUGCCACGAGGACAAUCUGUAGAAAUUUGGCAGAAAGUGGUGCUGGAAUUGCUGAACCAAAACAUUGUGUGGAGCAAAGCGGGCCGAAUGCAAUAAACAAGCAACAAGAACUCGCCCUAAACACAGUCAGUGUUAGGCGAUACGAGUUUUUUGUAAACAACUUCAAAGCCGCGAAAGACAGCGCACAUUCAAAGGGCUCCCAUCUUUACCAGAAUGAAAAGGUUUACAUCUCUGGCUAUCACUUGUCCCCAGGAGUUCACCUAAGGAAAGAGGGGGAGCAUGUGCUGCUUCACGCUAGAUUACAGCUACACAAGGGAGUCAUCGACGAAUUUCUUCAGUGGCCUUUCAAUCAGAAAAUUCAGUUGACCAUCAAACAUGCAUCGAGAGACAAGCAGUGCCAGUGUUUAGUGGAAACUGGAGACAAUCUUUUGUGCAAUGCGAGGCCAGAAGAAUCAAGUAGUAGGGGCUCGUAUUUUCCAGGCAGUUCAUUUCGCUUGGAUGAUCUCGAACGUGAAGGAUAUGUCAUGGAUGACAAGCUUCAGAUAACUCUAGAGGCAGAGCAGACGCUCUGUUUACUUGGUCUUCAGAUUGACAAAGACGUAUUCGGCGUCGAACAGUUCUCGUAA